AUGGCGACUGCGCCUGUGACCUCCGCCGCCAAAAAGUUGUCUUUUGCUUCGGUCGCCGCAUCAAACCCGAAGGAGAACGUUCCGUUUGUUUUACCCUCUCGAGUUGCCGUACCUGCCAUAGACCGUCGUAUGCAACCCACUGCUACCCCUGCAAGAACGGUUUCAACGAGCCAGGGUGCAACGACAGUCGUCAUGGCCGGCGAAUCACCUGUCGUCAAGACGUCUCUUAGCUCUUCAAAGGAGAGCGCGGGAACCAUCCCACCCACCAGCGAAGCUACUGAUAGCGGCAAUGUCGUACAGGGUGUAAAGGAUACGAACGCGUCUUCUACUAUGGCUAGUGCUGUGUCCAUGCCCAGUCUUGUCGUCAACGGCUCGUCAUCUUCUACCGGAGGGUCGCAAAGCAAGAACGAUAAUGGAAUUUCUAUGUCUGAUUCCAACUCCGAGAUGGGUACUAAGGCCCCCAGCCUGGACGGGAAAAGCAUCACAUCUGGGACUACCUUUGCUCUGGAUGAGAAGGAGUCCUUGCGCCCGGACGACAGCGCCAGCGUGAAGGCAGCAGCUGACGAUGACGAAGCUUUUUCCAUCAGGGGGUCGAUGAUCGCCAACUCUAGGAUGGGCUCUGAUGUGGCUCGUGUGCAUCGUCUAAGGCUUGGUGACAUGCCAGAAAGAAGGAUCGUUCAGGUGCCUCUGCUUCCUGGAUCACAAGAACAAGGUGUUGGUACUCCGCAGAGUGUUGCCUCGAGCCAGCCGCCACCUCUCGAGCAGCCUCAGCCGCUAGGCCCUGUCAGUGGUCCUAGUGAUGCCUUCGCUUCAAGUUAUGGACAAAAUCCGGAUGAGAAGCUUUUGGAGGCUAUGCAAUCUCCAAAGGAUCGGAUCUUCCUCUUGAGACUGGAGCAGGAUGUUAUCAACUUCGUUCAGUCGUCUAAGGAGCCGUACAUGGAUCUUCCACCGAACAACUCUUUCUGCAGGAUGCUGACCCACAAGCUUGCUGACUACUACCACAUGACACAUUCUUUCGAAGCCGUGCAAGGCGCAGUUCGCAUCUACAGGACUCCGUUCUGUCGCGUGCCUCCGUCUCUGGCCAGCAUCGUCGAAAGUAAUGCCACCGUUAGCACAACCACUCCGCCCCCGGUGGUCUUGCCCAAGAAGAUCAUGCGCCGCGGCGAGGAUGACGGCUCGGGUCAAGCUAGUAACAGUGCCUCCAAAGCCACGUCGGAAGUCGGUAGCGAUGGCAAGGAGAGGUCAGGUCACAAGGAAAAGAUGACGAGGGAAGAACGUGAAGAAGCGUACAACAGAGCUCGAGAAAGGAUUUUUGGGAAUUCUGAGAAAAUUUCAGAGACCACGCCAGACACUGAGGAUGCUAACGGUAUCUCCCGUGCAAGCUCUGUGUCAGCCAAAGACAAGUCAAAUACCGGCAAACGAGGUAAGACAGGAAAGCAACGCAGAGAUGACUCGGAAAGCUUCGAAUCCCGUUCUGUGUAUCGACCGUACUUUCCCCACCAGAAAUCCAUGGAAUGGGCACCUCAGUUCAUGCCUGGCGGAAAUCUGCAGUAUAACGACCAACUACAACAUCAGCCCUACCCGUACGCCUCAGACCAGGCGUAUCCACCUCCGCCGCAAGCAUACCCAGCCAUGCUCCCGAAUAACGGGUUCCAGCAAUACGGUAGCAUGCCGGCAUACCCGCCGCAAACACAGCCCAUUCCGCAUCACUAUGCACUCCCUACCGGAGCACCAGGAGCCAGCUACGGGCCUCCAGCCCAAAGUACAGGACAACAGCCGUGGCCGCCUAGCUUCAGCCAGGCGCCUUCCCCUGGCCCGGGUCAAAGUCGUGGACCACCUCCAGCACACGGGGCCAUAGGACCUGGGAUUCCUUACGCAUUUGGACAACUCCCUGCUCAUGUCAACCCUUCUGAUCCGAAGAGCCAGCAUCCUAUUCCUGGAAGCUACAGCCGCCAACCUUUCAACCCCAAGACGCAGUCGUUUGUACCCGGUAGCGGGGUGAGCCCGGUCCAGCCACCGAUGCCCCAGUAUAACGCAGGUGGUUCCCACGGCAGUCCACAAGUUGGCUCACCGCACCUCGCUUACAAUAGCUAUGGCUCACCCGCACCGCCCCAGAUGUAUAUGGGAAGCUCAGCCUAUGGUAUGAGUCGUCAAAGCUCUAGCAACUCUAUGUCGGCAUAUCAUGCACCGCAGCAUCACGCCCAACAGCAUCACGCCCAGCAUUCAUCGGCGCAUCUCCAGCAUCUCCCGCAGAUGCCCAACAAGCAAGGCAUGCUUCAUCAGGGACCAUUGGCCGGACCUGGCCAAGCCUACAGUCAUCUGCCCAACUACGGCAAUCCGGCCACCCUGCCGCAGAAGCCACCCUCUGGAAUAUAG